UUUCUAACAAGAGGCAAUCGAAUGUCACAAUCGACUAAAUCAAUUCCCGCUUGCCAGGAUGUUGGUAAGUUGCCCUGUAGUGUUAAAACGUGCUCAUCGGAAUUUAGAACAGGUGGAUGUGCGCGCAGUCGCCUUGUAGAUGUUGUGACGCAUGCAAAAAUCGCAGAAACAAUUCCAGGUGAGAGUCACCAAAGGACCCAUCGAACAGGACACACCAAUCAAGAAGUCUUUGCCUAACAAAAAUCCGGCGAUGCACAAAGCCGAAUGGGCAAGAUAAUCUUGGAGGAUAUGAUGAAGAUUGCCCUCGACCUCCAGUCAGUUCAAAUUUAAAUAUCUUUUGUUUUUAGGCAAACAUAUCUCUGGGAUACAAGGCCAUAUUUUCGUUUCCAGUAUCGGACAAGUGGUGCAACGACUCGGCUUGCUGUCCUACAGGAUCAAUUAUCAAGAUACAACAAGAUCAUUUAGCUGCAGCGCACGUUUAUGACGAUAGAACGUAAGAUCCAACAAGUAAGUGAUUCAAAAUCUUCUUCACGCACUAGGACUAGUAAACGUGAGACGGUUGUACGCAGAAUAGGACAUUGGAAUUUGAAUAGUUAGGGAUUUAUCAGCAUUCUUACCAUAAUAUAGUAGCUGUGCUAUUACAACAGGUUAAAGGGAAUAAUGGCCAAGUAGUGUUCCUGCGUGGCCAAAGAAAGUGGCACAAAAUGGAGAAGCCGACUGGACAGAAAUAAAACGAAAAUUCGUCAGCUUGCUCACAGUUCUCGUGGUAAAAUGAUGACCCAACAGGACUUACCUGUCAGCAUUCGGUAGCAAGGCUCUGGACGAGGAAACUGACUACAUUUUUCACGUAAAAAGAUGUCAAAGAAUCGCAGUAAGUACUUUUUUCAUUGAAAACUAUACACGCGUUCACUCAGCGUGCUCCUCAGACGAAAGUCUAUACAGCAUCUUGAGGAUGGGGAAGUUUGCGAUGUCUACCGUUUAUAAUAUAAGCAAAUGGAUGAAGGAUUUAGGUUUUAGCCAUUUUGUUUCUUAACUGCUAUUGUUCUUUGCACGAGCAAUGGCACUUAAUUCAAUUCGUGUGAGUAACCGAUUAAUUUCGACUAUUUCUACGCUCCCUUAGUCCGGAAGCAAUUUGUUACCUUGUCCGCUAUCGCCGUGUAAGACCUACCUAAGAAAUAUGUACGAAACAACACAAGAAAGGAGAAGGGACCAAGAAUCAUCGAGACCGAGCUAAGGGAAGGUUGACGUUUUGGAAACUUAUGUUCGUUAUAGUUGAUAUACUACAGCGGUAUGCUAGUCAUUUUGUUUGCUCGAGUGGAGAGCUGUAAAAGAAAAAAGACUAUCGUGCGCUUUUGUCUACCAGAUGCUCGUCGUACUGUAUGUCGAUUGUCGAAUUGCCAUGCUCGAUGGAACAAAAACUGGUGCAUGUUCUUUUUCAAACAAUUUCGCAGUCCAAUAGCAAUUAGUCUAUCUACUGUACAAAGAAAAUUAUGUAUUGCGAAUUCAUCGUAAAUCUCGCACACUCCGUCAGGUACGUCACGAUAAAGCUGCCAGUGACACUUUCAAGGGCAUUUAGUUCUAUUGCCUCCAUUGAAUUUGACCAUACUAAUCGUAGGUAUAUAAGAAAACGAUUCACCCUUUCUUUUCAUCGCAGUACAUAGCACCAAUUAUUUGUGACACGAUACAAACACUCUGCGAAGAAGCAAUCUCUUUUCGAUCAUCCAAUUAUUUAAGGUUUAAAGAUGAAAAUCUUCUUGGGUACAAUGGUUCUAGUGUCGGCCGUCCUAUCCAUCUACCCUCAACACUUCCAUCAGCACUCGUUUGGCCAGAAUCAACGGUGGUUGCCGUAUUACCAACUGCCACGCACAGAAUUUCGGUAUGGUUAUGAGUAUCAGCCAACGGCGUUACUGAAUUACGACCCUGUUUCAGCUAACCUCCCAUCCUUCCGAUACUCGUACGCUGUGAAUACGCCUACCACAUUCUUCCGUAAAUAUGAAGGACUGGGUCCAGGCAACCAGGAUGAGCAAGAGAAUUGGGUUCGUGUGUUGCCAAUGGUUGGUUACCGAUACAAGAACAAUGCAAAUAAAGAGGUUGAUGUCAAGCCCAGGAUUAAAAGCUCCGACAAGAAAGAAGGACAAGAAGCCCGUUCUGUUUUAUUUCAACUCGGAUUCUUCUAUGAAUCCAUUCUUGAAAACUGUUACGCUAAAAGUAACUUCGACUUGCACGUCUCUAAGUAUCAUAUCAUGCAUUCCUGCGGCCAAUCUUCCCGAUGCACCCGUUCCGAUUUGCCGUCGUAGGCGUGACAUUGAAAUGAAUCAUCCAGAUGAAGACAGAAUGCAGUUUUCAGUCAAUCCUUCUAAUGUCCAACCCGUUGUGCCUACCGCGGUGCCAUGGCCAGCUGUCCCUCGUGAUUCCGCCCAAAUUUCGUCAGUUGAUGUGACUUCAUCAAAAGAAGUGGAGAUCAACAACUCUAAAUUGAGCGGGAUUUCGACCCAAUUUGAGGAGCCCGACAGGGAGGCUAGAUUUCUUUGGAAACAUCAGUUCACGUCAACUACGACAACCAGUUGGUCGGUCGUCUCCAGUACACUUACCCAGACGUUUGUUCCAGCCGCUGACUUUGAUUGCUUGCCACCCUGGUUAUGUUGUCUGCUAAUGCGUUCUAUUUGAAAUUUGACGGUUAAUCGGAGGUUUCGCAAACUAUUUUAUCCCAACUAAUGAAAUCCCUGUUUAAUUUCUCCUUAAGACUUGUAUCUAAACUAGGUCAAUGGGUUCCGUUCUUUAAUUUCCAACCUUACCAUAAUGCAUGUCAUUGUGUGUAAAUUGGAGAAUUAAUGAAACAUAAACUGAAAGUAUUAAGGAA